AACUUAAAACUUUUUCCCCGCAUCCGUUUUUUCCUAACCAGAAUAUCUAAACGACACCGUUUCAAAAGGAGAAGGAGAAAACAACUACGACGGAAAGAAGAAUUGUCAGGUUAGUAGUAGCCAAGGACUCGUGCAUCUCUCUCCUCCGCCUCCGCCUCCGCUCGCCACCGCAGGUUCGUCUGCUCCCGCCGCUGCUUUCGUCAGAAACUGUUUGGAGCUGGUUUAGAGAAGUAUCAUGAAGAAGGAUGCGAUGACCGAUAGGACUCGGAAUCGGAGCUUCCCGGUGGACCCGAAUGUGCCACGAUGGGUUUGUCAGAACUGUCGCAAUCCUCUCUGCAUCGUCGGCGUGGAUUCCUACGCCGACAAGUUCUUCUCGGACCCCUCUCGCUCCGGGAUGCAAGGAUCAUCAAUUCAUGUUGCCAGUAGUGUGCUAAGUACGACUAAGAUGGAUAAUUCGUAUGUUGUGUUGCCGAAGCAGAAACCUCCUCGUCCUCGCUCCGGCGCGAACAGUCAGCCUGAUGCUGCCGCUGCUUCGCAGCCAGGAAAGGCUAUGGAGGAGUCUUUUGUUGUUGUGUACAAGUCAGAGUCUGCCUCUGAUGGCAGUGGGAGCCACGUGGCUCCCAGCGGGUCUGAUCACAAUGGCCAUUUGCAGCCUCAUAAUUCGGGGUUUAACGCGACUAUUACUGUCCUGACUCGUGCAUUUGAUAUUGCCACGACGCAGACACAGGUUGAGCAGCCUUUAUGCCUUGACUGUAUGAGGGUAUUGUCUGAUAAGCUUGAUAAGGAGGUUGAAGAUGUCAACAGGGACAUUGAAGCAUAUGAGGCCUGUCUUAAACGUUUGGAGGGAGAAACUAGAGAUGUCCUCAGUGAGGCUGACUUUCUCAAGGAGAAAUUGAAGAUUGAGGAAGAAGAAAGGAGGCUUGAAGCCGCCAUUGAAGAAUCUGAGAAGCAGAAUGCUGAAGUAAAAGCUGAACUAAGGGAACUAGAGUUAAAGUCAAGCCGCUUUAAAGAAUUGGAGGAACGGUACUGGCAUGAGUUUAAUAAUUUUCAGUUUCAAUUAACUUCUUAUCAGGAGGAGAGAGAUGCCAUUUUGGCCAAGAUUGAAGUUUCACAAGCACAUUUAGAAUUGUUGAAGAAAACCAAUGUGCUUAAUGAUGCCUUCCCCAUUUCACAUGAUGGAGAAUUUGGAACCAUCAACAAUUUUCGACUUGGAAGGCUCCCCAAAAUUCCAGUUGAAUGGGAUGAGAUAAAUGCUGCAUGGGGCCAAGCUUGCCUUCUCCUCCAUACAAUGUGCCAGUAUUUUCGACCAAAGUUUCAAUAUCGGAUAAAAAUAAUUCCUAUGGGCAGCUACCCACGUAUCACAGAUAGCAACAACAGUACCUAUGAGCUGUUUGGUCCAGUGAACUUGUUCUGGAGUACACGCUAUGACAAAGCAAUGACAUUGUUUUUGGCAUGUCUCAAGGAUUUUGCAGAAUUUGCCAAGUCCAAAGAUCAAGAAAAUAAUAUUCCACCUGAGAAAUGUUUCAAACUUCCAUACAAGAUUGAUAAUGACAAAGUGGAAAACUAUUCCAUCACUCAAAGCUUCAAUAAGCAGGAAAACUGGACAAAAGCUCUCAAGUACACCCUUUGCAAUUUGAAAUGGGCUCUCUAUUGGUUUGUUGGGAACACCAACUUUCAACCUCUUUCAGCAAUCGUAUCUUCACAUUCUGAAGUGCCUGGUGUAGGUUCUUUGUACACAAAGCGAGGCACUGAACCCAACAAGUCUUAAUCUUCAAACCUUGAACAUAUGCUAGCUAGGUUUUAGGCUUACACCACACCAAAUGUGUACAUAGAAAUAUUUAGUUUUUAGAAUACCAUGGUGUGACAAGUAUUCAACAUCUGAUAUUGUAUGUGGAAAUCUAUUCAAUAGCUAUAGAAGUAUAGAACUUCUCUUCCUAUACAAAGUUCAGUGUUAAACAUAAACUGCUCUUCUUCGUUUAGGUACAUCAGCAUAAACUUUUAUCUAAAAGAAGACGA